AUGGCCGCCUCUCUGCCUCCAUCAGACUGCUCCCGGCGACGCAUGUCCCGCCUCCUCGAAUUCCUAAUGGAAGACAUCCGCGAAGACCUCCUCCUAGAAAGCGAACUACUCCUCCUCUCCUUCGCAACCGGAAUCCAAGACGCCGCGGCCUGGCCCGACUACAGGUGUUUCGCCUCCAAUCAAACAGGCAACACGCUAUUCCUCGCAAUCGGCGUCGCAGGCCUCACAAAACACCUAUACAGCUUCCCCAACAUCGGCGUCAGCCUAUCCAUGUUCAUCGCCGGCGGGUUCAUCCUCGGCCAACUAGGCAACCUGGUCGGCGUGCGCAAACGUCUCUGGCUAUUGAUUAGCAACCUCAUCCAAACAACACUCGUCUUCUGCGCCCUCAUUAUCCAAUACUCCCGGCCCAUAAGGGAAGAAGGAACGGCCGCGAUGGCUGUUAUUGGGUUAUUGGCGUUUUCGUCGGGUGGGCAGGUCGCUAUGAGUCGGUCGUUGAAGAUUACGGAGAUUACGACGGCGAUGGCGACGGCGGCAUUUGUGGAUGUUGUUAUUGAUCCGGAUUUGGGAAAGUUGAAGAAUCGGUUGCGGAAUCGGCGCGUUAUGUUUCUUGUUAUGUUGAUUGCGGGGUGUUUUGUUGGUGCGUUUGCGCAGAGGGAGGUUAGCUCGAGUUUUCCGAUUUUGCUUUGUGCUAUUGGAAAGGCGUUGGUUUGUGUGGGCUUUUUGUUUAAUCGGCCGAUUGCGGCGGAUAAUUGGGAGGAUGAUUUGAAAGUGUAA